AGGGAGGGAGCAGCAGGGAAGUGACUAGUGCCAGGACAGGCACACGGGCGAGUCCUGAACUUCCCCGGAACAGUACGCAAACUGUGAGCGCAGUGUUUCAGGACGUUCCGGCGCUGCAGGUUUCGUGGUGCAAUUACGAGGUUGUACGUGGUGAACAGGUCACCGGGGCACGUCGCGUUCGACUGAGACCGUGCAACUUGUUUUUCCCCUAACUAAGCUCCAUUUUCGGCUGCACGAAACCCGAGGCGGCUGCGGAGUUCAAGCAGAAGUUUGCGCUUGUCCGCGGGCUUCAGCUCUGCAGGAAUGUCGCACACAGGAAGAGCCACGUUUUAUCGACAGGAGGUGAAUAAGACCGUUUGGGAAGUGCCGUUGCGCUAUAAGAACCUCGCUCCAGUCGGCUCGGGUGCAUACGGAUCUGUGUGCUCAGCAGUUGAUGAGAAGUCGGGUUUGAAGGUUGCUGUGAAAAAGCUUUCAAGGCCAUUCCAGUCCAUUAUCCAUGCCAAAAGAACCUACAGAGAAUUGCGGUUGCUCAAGCACAUGAAACAUGAGAACGUAAUAGGCUUGCUGGAUGUUUUCACACCUGCCACCACACUGGAGGAUUUCAGCGAUGUAUACCUGGUGACUCACCUGAUGGGUGCAGAUUUAAACAACAUAGUGAAAUGUCAGAAGUUGACUGAUGACCAUGUGCAGUUCCUUAUCUACCAGAUCCUUCGAGGGCUCAAGUACAUCCAUUCAGCAGAUAUCAUUCACAGAGACCUGAAGCCUAGUAAUUUGGCUGUGAAUGAAGAUUGUGAACUUAAGAUCCUUGAUUUUGGCCUGGCACGGCAUACGGAUGAUGAAAUGACAGGAUAUGUGGCCACCAGGUGGUACCGAGCUCCGGAAAUCAUGCUUAACUGGAUGCACUACAACAUGACAGUGGAUAUUUGGUCUGUUGGCUGCAUUAUGGCUGAGCUGCUAACGGGGAGAACGCUAUUCCCUGGCACCGACCAUAUAAACCAGCUACAGCAGAUAAUGCGGCUGACAGGAACUCCCCCUUCCUCUCUAAUAAGCAGGAUGCCUAGCCAUGAGGCCAGGAAUUAUAUUCAUUCCCUGCCACAGAUGCCUAAAAGGAAUUUUGCUGAUGUAUUUAUUGGGGCCAAUCCACUGGCCGUGGACCUCCUCGAGAAAAUGCUGGUCUUGGAUACAGACAAGCGAAUAACCGCAGCUGAAGCUCUGGCUCAUUCAUACUUUGCCCAGUAUCAUGACCCAGAUGAUGAACCAGAGGCAGAGCCCUAUGACCAGAGCUUUGAGAGUCGGGAAUUAGAGAUUGACGAGUGGAAACGUUUGACCUAUGAGGAGGUCAUCAGCUUCAAGCCUCUUGCCUUUGAUGUGGAUGAAAUGGAAUCAUGAGAAUCGUAAAGGACAGGAAAUUCAGCAGUCUUUCAACUUUGUUAGCACUGUUAUGUUCUGUAAUGCAGUUCUAUAAACAGACCGACAGUAUGAUUAUUAAGUGCCUGACACUUUAUUUUCUUUGUUCUAGUAUUUUUCCAAAAUGUUUUGUGUGUAUGUGUGUAUAUAUAUGUAUGUAUAUAUACACACAACACACACACACACACACACACAUGUGUAUGUAUGUAUGUAUAUGUAUGUGUGUGUGCGUAUAUGUAUAUAUAAAAUAUAAAAUGGCAUCUACUGAUUUAGGGAGCAAAACACAUUAUGGCAGAAAAAAGGGACACAUUUCAUACGAGUUCAAACUUAAGUAGGGUUCCACAGUUUAACCCCAAAGUAGAGUCUCUUUUUAUUUUGUGCUAAACCCUUACCAUGUUUCCAUGCAUUUGUCAGGCAAAUGAACAGACAUGAGGACAUUUUUAUGCUUACACACUUGCAAAAAAAAAUUUCGCCUAGCUUUAUGCUUGCUAUACUUUAUCACAACCUGGCUGCUUCAGUAAUUUUUCUUUGUUUAAUGAUAGUGUUCCUAUUGCUAUUUAUAGUGUUAUUACCUACAUAGAAUACUCCUGCCACCACUUCUGUCUUAUUUGACAUUUCUUGAAUAUUUUUGCUGAGAAUAAAACUAGCUGGAUAUGUCAUUGACUGAUGGUUUUAAUAAGAAAAAGGUUAAAUUUUUAGAUAUAAAAUAUUUAAAUUUUAUUCUCUGCCAGUAGGAUUAUAUUUCAGAACAAGGUACAGAAAUCUCUGACAUGUAACAACCCUCUCAUGUUUUGUUAAACAGUGCAUUGAUUGUAUGUGCAUUACCUUGCAGUUAGAAGUGUUGCUAGAGAUAUUUCGCAAUCAACUUAAGACCCCCGUUUAACUUAUUCUUUUUUUCAAGAAAAAAGAAAAAGAAAAAAUUUGAAUAUAUGCCAUUUAGUUUUGACUUUGAGAAACUAGAGUAACCAUUAUUUGGAAAACUUAAUUGGCACCAGUGACAAGUUUAUUCUUGUAAUCUUUUUCACCUUCUGUAUGUUUUUUGAAGUGUUUGCCCUUCUGACCUGUCACUAUGUGCAAGUCUGUAAGACAGAAAUGGAGAGAAUGUGACUGCAUGAUGUGAAUGGGGUUUUUCCUUUUGUGUUUUUGAGCUGUUAUAUAAGAAAUUAUUAAAUGAAUGUCAAUAUUGUACCAGUGUGAGAUAUUUAUAUACAAUGCAGAGGUGAUAUUAACUGGAUUGACUGCUUGUGUCUGCUGUAUUUCCUACACCAGGCUGUAGAGAAUAUAAUCAAAUAAGCAUUGUUUAUUAAAUAAAAUAAAGGCAGAUAUUUUUCACA